ACACAUUGUCCAAAGAUCAAUACACACUGUUUAAAAAAAAAGAAAAGAAAGAAGAUGAACGCCGGAAAGCAAGCUUCGUGGGCGGUGGCGACGGCGAUUGCAGCCGUGGAAGUACUAAAGGACCAAGGCGUUGCUCGAUGGAAUUACCCUCUCCGCUUACUCCAGAAAGAAGCAAUGGCUCGCGUCCGUACCAUCACAGUCCCAUCUCGUCACUCUCCUCCUACGUCUUCAUCUUCGGCUGAUUUCAUCAGAUCCAAACCCAUGACGACUACACCCUUUGAGAAAUCCUUUGAGAAAGCUAUGGGUCUUAGCUCCUUUGGUCCCACCACCAGCUUGUUGAUUGAUGAUCUUGAAGCAAGAAUCAUGAGAUUCCUUCACAGAUUUCUGUUGGAGGAUAUGUCCAACGAAACCUUAUCGGACUCGGCCUGUAAAUUUAAUUGCCUCCAAGACUUGAAAAGUAUAGGAUAUUGUCCAUCCUAUUGUCUUGACGACUGUCCUUCAAUAUGCGAGAUCGUCGUAGUUACGGGUUUUUCUCCACCUCCAGUGAUCCACCACGACGACAACUUAAAGAGGAUCUUGAUCAUCUCUGCUUCAUCUAUCAUCACAACUCUGUUUCUCCUUACUUUACUUGUUCUCUGCUUCAAGUUUUACUAUAGGAGGAGAAGAUCAAUAUUAGCAAUAUCAAGAAGAUGGAGUAUGGAAGAAGCUAGGAAUUGGGAUUUUGAUGGACCAGCACCGGUUGUUGUCGAUCAUCCGAUUUGGCAUAUCAGAACCAUAGGAUUGAAUCCAACGGUUAUAAGUUCGAUCAAAGUUUGCCAAUAUAGUAAAAAAGAUGGUGUUGUGGAAGGAACUGAUUGUUCGGUAUGUUUAAGCGAAUUCGAAGAAGAAGAGACGCUUAGAUUGUUACCAAAGUGUAGACAUGCUUUUCAUCUUUCUUGUAUUGAUACUUGGCUAAGAUCACACACCAAUUGUCCGCUUUGUCGUGCUCCUAUAGUCGUGGCCAACACGAUGAUUGAUGAUCAUAGUGAGGGUCUAGAGGAGAUCCGUGUGAGUAUUCCAGAAGAAAAUGGAGAUGAUAUCGAUGAAGAAAUCGAGGAAGAAAGAGAUGGGUUUGUUAGUAAUAUUAGUAGAGAACAUGGUGAGUCGCAGCAGCGAGUGAGACGAUCAGUGUCGUUGGGCUCGUUAUCAGGUUUAAGGGCAAGUGAAGUUGUUGUGGGUAGAGAAAAGGAGAAGUUGAAGAGAGGUAAUAACAUUGGAUCUGGGAGGUCAAGUUUCUUGAAGAGAUCUAUCUCUUACAGUGGAAAGUAGUACUAGCUACACUGCUAUGAAUAAAAACAACAAGUCCAUUAAGUAAGUUUCUUGAAGAAGAAAAUGAAAUCAAAGCCAACAAGAUAGAUUGUAUUUAUAUGUAUGAAGGUGAUGUAAGAUUUUUGUUUAUCAAAGCUGCCACUCUUGUAAAGUUGAAAGAGAGUUUUUGACAGCUUAUACUCUGCUUUUGGAUCCUCUGGAUUAAGUUGGUAAGUAUAAAUAUACACCAAGCUUCAUUUUGUAUGUUACUUGUUUAUUGUUCUUGAAAUACCAUCUUGUUUCUAGUUAAAUUAACUCAGAUUCAACUG